AUGGCGAGCAGGGACCAAGUUGCGCGUCUGGACUCCUCGGACUCUGACUCGGAGCCGGACAGAGGCGGUGCGGUGCGGGCAGGCUGCAGCGGGCCCUCGGUGUGUUGGCCCCACGCACAGGUCAUCCACAGCGGGCACUUCAUGGUCUCCUCUCCGCACCGUGACUCGGCAGUGAGCAGGAGGAGGAGCGCGGAGAGGUACGACUUCGACACGGUUACAGGACGCUGGUGCCAGACUUAUCACUACGGGCCCCUGAGCAGAGCCAGCCUCAGCAUUGACCCCACUCUCACACGGCUGUUCGAGUGCAUGUCCCUGGCCUACAGUGGAAAAAUAGUGUCUCCAAAGUGGAAGUCAUUCAAGGGUCUACGGUUGCUGUGGAGGGACAAGAUUCGACUGAACAAUGCAAUAUGGCGAGCCUGGUUUAUUCAGUGUAAGACAACACAUGAUGUGGAGAAGAGAAAGAACCCGGUUUGUGGCUUUGUCAGUCCAUUGGAGGGAUCAGAGGCAGAAGCACAUCGCAAACCUGAAGCUAUAGUCCUGGAGGGCAGCUACUGGAAGCGCCGCAUCGAGGUGGUGAUCAAAGAGUACCACAAGUGGCGGAUUUAUUAUAAGAAAAGGCUUCAGAAAAAGAAGAAUGAUAUUUUCUCAAUGUUCCAUGAGCAGGGUCAGAUCUGCCACGGAAAACUGGAGAAAUGGACCUAUCCGCUGUACCAGGAGCCUGAGGUAGCCCCAGCAGAGGCCCACAUGUUCGACCUGGACUGUCUGCUGUCGGACAUCUCGGAUACGCUCUUCACCAUGACGCAGAAGCCCUGUCCCUGGACCAGUGACCGACACAGCGGAUACACAAGCAAUGCGGAUAUCAUCCAGCCUGGAUUAACCCCUCUGCAACCUAAUCUGGAUGAUUUCAUGGAUAUACAAGACAUCUUUAUGAACUACCGGGGCCAGACCUCUGAACAGACAAGUUAUACUGACUGUGGUUAUUUCGAGAGCUCUCCGGGUGCUGUCUUUGCUUCGGCGCCGUCUCCAGUGGUAACAACUCCUCAGCUGCUUAUCGACACCCAGAUGCCUCAGCCCAGUCUUUCAUCUGACAGUCGACCCCAACCUUCUUCCUCCAACUCCCGUCCAGAGCUGAGCAGGUCAAGCCAGGACUGUAGCGAAUACCCCACACCUGGUAUUGUGUCAGGAGCGAUUCCGUAUCUGCUGCAGACCUACCCGGAUCCGUCUGUCUCUGUAGCGCUGACCACCGCCAUAGAAGAGCCCUCCACUACGAGCGUUCCAAUGCUCUAUCCUCUGUCAUGUCACAAGUUUGGCUAUUAUUCACCGAGCAGCAUGACCUCCACUGUCAUAACUCACAUCGGCUCCUCCAUGGGGCCUCUCGGUUUGAUGCCCCAGCCUCAUUCUUAUUCUCAUACGGGGGAUGCGUAUUCCCAGAACGCUUGCCACUCUUUGGGUUAUCCAGCUGGUGCUGCUGACCCACUCCAUGCUGCCCUGCCCUCUGUCACGGUGCCGCACUGCUUCUCGGUGCCGGAACAGUCCUUGACGGGGGGCAGGGGCAAGCACAAGCAGAAGACCGGAGGAGCCACUGGACCCAUGUCUGCUGCAAAUACACCAACAAGCUGUUUGGCCAAACUGCUAUCGUCUGGCUCUCAGGAACGGAAGCCAUCUCUAGGAUUUGAUUCGUUGAUUCCAACCAAAGGACAGAGGACAUCACCUCCCAGCUCAACACUGCAAUGUGAUGGGGCCUGGCAUACGGGGAUUCCAGUGCUGACACCGCCUCAUAACCAGACCGCCAGUUUGGACCAGGGCAUGGUUCACGCCGGGACGUCCCGAGGGAACCCAGUGCCUCCCCUCCUCACCCACAACACAACUCACACCAGCACCACACUGCUCAUCCCAAAGACCGAGAAACUGUCUCCGGUGCUCGUCUAUGGGAGCGACCAGAGCUGCCUUACAGAUCAGUUACUGCCAAAUCCUUUAGACAAAUUUUCAAACCCUGAAUCUCCACAGCCUACAUUCCCAGGACUAGGAAAACAGGAUUCAAGUAAGCACACAGAGAGCAGACGGAUCACCCACAUCUCUGCAGAACAGAAGAGACGCUUCAACAUCCGCCUGGGAUUCGACACUUUACACAAUCUGGUGACCACGCUCAACUCUCAGCCUAGCAUCAAGAUCAGCAAAGCCACCACCCUCCAGAAAACUGCAGAGUACAUCAGUAAGAUGCAGCAGGAUCGCACUCAGCUCCACGAAGAGGCUCAAAGACUCCGAGAGGAGAUACAGCUCCUAAACUCCUCCAUCAAUGCUUGUCAGCAGCAGCUCCCUGCGACUGGUGUUCCCAUCACUCGCCAACGCUUCGACCACAUGAGACAGAAGUUCAGAGAAUAUGUUCGGACACAGACCCUGCAGAACUGGAAGUUCUGGAUAUUCAGUAUUAUUAUUGAGCCUCUUUUUGAGUCCUACAACGGGAUGGUUUCUACUGCUAGUGUUGAGGACUUGUGUCGCUCCACUCUGUCAUGGUUGGAUCAGCACUGCUCUCUUCCUGCUCUCAGACCCAUGAUUCUAAGCUCUCUUCGCCUCUUGAGCACGACCACAGCUAUCCUAACAGACCCCAGCCUCCUUCCUGAGCAGGCCACAAUCGCUGUCACGCAAGGUCCCACAGCUGCUUUGGACCACUCCUUACAACCUGCCCCUCAGUAG